AUGGACGGAAAGAGAGUGAAUAUAAUCGCUGUGAUAUCUGUGAUUACACUGGUUAUGCUCAUAAUUGUUGCUCGUGUCACCUUGAAGCUAUCAAAGGCCUUCUUCCUCUUUGUGGGUGCCGGUGUUGCUGUCAUUCUAGGUGUCUUUGCUUAUGUACUUGUCAGCAAACGUUACGACAGCAGGAGGAGGCUAUUGGAGUCACAGAUGAAAUCUGAAGGCCAAGAACUUCGCAUAGAGUACAGUUUCUUGAGGAAAGUUGCGGGGGUGCCCAUUAAGUUCAGAUACAAGGAGCUUGAGGAAGCCACUGAUGGGUUUCAGGCACUGAUUGGAAAAGGUGCUUCUGCUUCAGUUUUCAAAGGUAUUCUCAAUGAUGGAACUUCAGUUGCAGUGAAACGAAUCGAUGGAGAGGAAAGAGGGGAGAAUGAGUUCAAGUCAGAGGUUGCAGCCAUAGCUAGUGUGCAUCAUGUGAACCUCGUGAGGCUAUUGGGCUACUGUAAUGCUCCUAAAGCACCUAGGUACCUUGUUUAUGAAUAUGCCUCAAAUGGGUCUUUGGAUGGUUGGAUUUUUCACAAAAGGGUAUCUGAGAGGCGCCAUGGUGGGUGCUUGUCGUGGAAUUUGAGGUACAAAGUUGCUAUUGAUGUUGCCAAGGGGCUUGCUUAUCUUCACCAUGAUUGCAGGUCAAGGAUCUUGCACCUUGACGUAAAGCCAGAAAAUAUACUGUUGGAUGAGAAUUAUAGAGCACUUGUUUCAGAUUUUGGUUUGGCAAAGCUUAUUGGCAAGGAUGAAAGCCAAAUGGUUGUGUCUGCUAUCAGAGGAACAAGAGGUUACUUGGCACCUGAGUGGCUCUUAGAGCAAGAUAUUUCCAAUAAGACUGACAUAUAUAGUUAUGGGAUGGUUCUCUUGGAGAUAGUUGGAGGCAGGAAAAACGUUUGCUUGGAGGAAGAUGGAAGAGACAAGUCCAAAAGAAAAUGGCAGUAUUUUCCCAAAAUUGUAAAUGAGAAAGUGAGGGAAGGCAAAUUUAUGGAAAUUGUUGAUCACAGGUUGUUGGAAUGUGGUGGUGUUGAUGAGUGGCAAGUAAGGACACUGGUUUAUGCUGCUUUGUGGUGUGUGCAAGAGAAGCCACGAUUGAGGCCUAGCAUGGCACAAGUUGUUGAUAUGCUUGAAGGGCGUGUGAGUGUGGAACUUCCACCUGAGACCAGAAUGGUUCUUGUCGAUUUUCUGUGUUCGGAUGCAAGUGCUACUGAUAGUAGUAGCAUGCGAGGGUUGGACUUUGUGUGGAGUCAAAGAACACAAAGCAAUGUUGAGUGUUCAUCUACCUAUUCCUUCGCUACCACGGUUUUGUCCGGAAGAUAG